AUGAGCGUCGUUGUGCAGCUCGUCGUUGCGUUGACGGGACUUCGCUUCUUCUUUGAGGUGCGACAUCAGAAGUCCCCCUCUCUUUUGGCGAGUUCCUCUGUUUCGUUGUUGUCACAAACGAAUAUCACCACAUCGACGAAUGUUUUUGUUUCAGACAUUAUGGCGUAUAUCCACAAUUUCCGGUUUUCACCAGUGGGAAACAGUAAUAGUGUUAGUGUUGGAAGUAUAGAUGGAAAUAAGAAGAGUUAUGUUGAGUUAUUUGACUACAACUCUCUUCAACCUCUUUAUCCUAAUGAUAUAGUGGAAGAUAGACAGAAGUUGUUGCUCUUUGCCCCACCCGCUUUCUCUGAAUUGAUAAGCGAACAGUUAAGUCAUCGCUGUCGUCCAGCUGAAGGGGAAAGUCAAGGCACGAGUAUUGAAGAUGAAGAACGUUGGCAGAAUCUCCGACAGGCCAUAUCAGCACUUCAAGUGCCUCUCACACUUCAUCAGCAAAUAAUGGAGAGAGAGAUGGAGGCAUGUGCGGAACUGCUUACAAAUACAGAAGAACAAUUUGUUCUCUCAAAAGAAAACAUUCAUGCUGCCCUUGAAAGGGCAGAAAGUAUUAAACUCUUUUACCGUCCAGAUACGCAUGCAACUGAGCUUAUAGAUAGAAGACAUCUUCAUAUCGCACUUCAACAAGGUGAGGUAAAAUUAAAAGAAGCUGCCAAAUCCCUUGAGAGUGCACGGGCCAUGGCUCCAACAGUUGUUGAGGCUAUCAAGGCUGAGAUACAAGUCGUUUCAGAUCUUGAAAAGAUGCCAGCAUGGCAGAGUUACACUACCGCAGCAGCGGAUAAAAAUGAUGAAUCAUCCAUUAUUCAGUUAAUGCAAGAAGUAGUGCGUAAAGUUCAAGUGGUGCGAACUAUUAUAAGUGAUAUUGCAUUAAUUACGAAACGACAACAAAAGUGUCGUCAUUACUGUGCUGCUAUUGUAGAUCAUGUUAUUCAACAUCAUAAACGAUUGGUUCUUCUCCCAGAAGGACUAGAAGCAGCACGAGAAGUUUUACAUCGUCGUAUUAUUUUACGACGUGCCGCUCGUCGUUUAUUGGUCCCACUUGAAGCGGAACACCGUGCAACAGAGAUGUGCAUUCAUCAAUUUGCAGAAAAAUGGGGACAGUGGUUGCCUGAAUCACUCUUUAAAGCUGUCGCCUCACCACUCCCACCACUCUAUCCACAAGAUGAUACCAUUGCACAGGAGAUGGAUAGUUUAUUUGUGGACUUGCAGGAAGAUGCAACGGAGGAAUUGCUCGCCGCUAUUGGCACUGUAUCAUCAUCAUCAGAUAAUAUGGAGCAAUACAUGCUUCAACAGAGAUUGGCGGAAGUGGAGAGAGAAUUGCAGAGGUGUAAGGCAUUACUGGAAGUGGCUGCGGUGGAGAAGGCAGAACUUAUGUGUGCGUUAAAUCAAAAUAAUACCACGUCGUCAUCUGCGUAA